AUGGCACUGGAACUUGCCCAAUAUUUGACGUAUAAGUUUUUAAGGGCAGUGAUUAUACAUAUCUUUGAGAAAUUUAUAUUGUUUCCUAGAGAACUUGACCAAUACUAUGCGGAUAAAUAUUUAAGGACAAUGGCGAUUAUACUCAAGAAAGAUCCUGAUAUAGCUACUGAUAUAGAGGGUGCUGGUGCCAUGCUUUAUGGUGUCUAG